GGCGUCCCCGGCUCUGAGGGGUGUAGCUACUUUUGAGGAGCCACCUUAGACACCUCAGAGGGAGAGGAGGGCAGCCAGGUCGCGGAGCUCACCGACUCCAGCUGUUAACGUUGUUUUAGAGAAGAGUAAAAUGGAGAGAGGCAGGAAAGGAGCAGGUGCGCUGUGAAGGUUAGACUGGGUUUUUGUGUGUGUACGUGUGUGUGUGUGUGUGUUAGCUUCUGCUGCUAUAGCGACGCUCGCGCUUCACUCUCCUUGUAACGGUCGCCUCUCACGCGCAGCCUAUGUUCGACACGUUAAUGGCGAACAUGGCCAGUCUGAAGGCGCUCGACGAGCCGUUUGGGAGAAUCACCUCUGAACCGGUUGAGGAUACUGAUCCCAGCAGCUUCAUUACAGAUAUGUCUCUGAAGUCAAACUACCCUGUCCAAGUCACUGAUCCACAAGAUAACGUGACUCUGCAGCUCAGUUCGGUGCCCCCUGGAUACCUCACACCCCCCAUGGAUCGAAUACAACAGCCAGUUGAAAAUGAUGCAAGUGAAUUUAUCUGUCCAGGAUCCAUUACUCCAGACUUCACCAAAGACCUCCUGUCCAGCUCCUGCGAGAAGUGUCUGUGCUCCAUUCCUCCCCCUAAAAUCAGCGACCUACUGGACGACGAAGACCUUCUCUACUCUCUACGCCUGAAGCUGGACCCGACGCACUGCACUAUCAAGAACUGGAAGAACUUUGCCAGCCGCUGGGGUAUGAGCUACGACGAGCUAACGCUGCUGGAGCAGCGGACACACGGCUCCACGUACCACAGCCCCACGCAGGAAUUCCUGCUCCGCUACAGCCAGAAACCCGUCACGGAGCUCACCAAACUCUGCCAGUUCUACCAGCGCAUCGAUGUACUGAGGCUGCUCCAGCAGUGGGUGGAGAAUGACUGGCCUUCACGCUGGAGGAGGUCACAUUAGCUGAGGUUCAACAAACGCGAUGCCCGCACAGCUACUGAGAGAAGGACAUAUGGACAUAUGACUCUCUGUGACUACUGAUGGCAGGAGGGAGGCGUAUCAGGAACAGAACACAUUCUAGUCCAAUAUGCUUCGGUCUUCCUGGAUUUUGGCCCUCACUUUUGAACUGACUGCUCGUAUUACAUGAUCUGAGUUUAUGUCUUUUCCAAAGCAUCCGUGCUUUGGCUACACGUAGGAGGAUGUUUUUAACGGAAGUGUCUUAAAAGAAGCAUUCUGUGCAAACUCUUCAAUAAUUUAAUCAAUAAAAUUGGAGUAAUUUAACCAACAUUACCCAGGCACCCAUCCAUCUGUGCCAGACAAGUGAAUAGUUUACUUUGCAGUGAGAACAUACAGGCUGCUGUCUAGUAGAAAGCCAGUUAUGGUAACGAAAAAUAGGUUAAGUCCUCAAAUGACAAUGGGUAAAAUAUAUUUUCCUUUCUUUGCAUCCUCCAUUUUUUGCUGCUGAGGUCUGAGAUUUACACCCAUUUCACAAAAGAACGACAGUCACUUCCUUAUUCCAGAGGUUUUUUUAAAAAUCAUGACCUUGAAUCAAGUUUCUGGUCCUGGAUUUUGCAGUUGCAGUCAGUUCGGUUAACUACCAGUAAUUACAAAAUACAGGACCAGAAACUGGAUUAUAGUCUGGAUUUGAAGGCCUAUGCUGUAAUGUGUUGGCUAAAAUCCUCUAAACCUCAUAUUAACUGUGCAAAGAGGCUUCAGAUACUAACCUCCCACUUAGCACUUGAAGGGGAAAGAGCUUUAGGUUAUUUUCCACUUGGACACGUCACACAACCGACCAUAAUAAAGGUGACAUUUAAUAGCUUUAUCUCAUUUGUGUUAUGAGAGUGUCAUGUGACCGAAAAUGAUUGUCAAGACCAAGGCCGUCUGUAACACAAACAUGUUUUUCAGUGUUUAUUUGGAGGCUUAAAGGAGGCAUUACUGAAGACCGUGUUUGAGCUAUAUACGAGUGUCCACUCAGUAACAUUUCUUACAGUGUUUCAGUCGCUGUUCUGAACAUAUCAUGAUCAGUCAGAAGUUUAAGCUCUUCUCUUGCAAUUUUUUCAUAAUGAAUUGUGUAUUUUAAAACAAUGAGGGUCUAA